AAACCCUACGAUCUAGAAUCUUCUUCCCUCUCCUGUGUCUCUCUCUCCCCAAUUAAAACCUCAGAAACCCUAGAAAAUCCCGAUUCAUCAUCCGAGAGAAGAAGAAUUGAGAAAUGAUGAAGCGUCUCAUCCCAACGUUCAACCGCAUCUUGGUGCAGAGAGUCAUCCAGCCUGCAAAAACCGAAAGCGGCAUUCUCCUCCCUGAGAAAUCCUCCAAGCUGAACUCAGGCAAGGUGAUAGCUGUUGGACCUGGAUCAAGGGAUAAGGACGGGAAAUUGAUUCCGGUCUCUGUGAAGGAAGGCGACACUGUUCUUCUUCCAGAGUACGGUGGUACCCAGGUCAAGCUCGGCGAGAACGAGUACCAUCUCUUCCGGGACGAGGAUGUCUUGGGAACUUUGCACGAGGAUUGAAAAGGCUAAGCUCGCCAACUCAACCACGAGGGUUCAUGUUGGUGUUU